AUGCAGCUCUCUCGUCUACUCCAAUUGCCCACGCUGCUGGCCGCGGCUCUCCUCGCCGUCGCGCCUCCCGUCGCAGCAGAACACACUAGUAACUGGGCCGUUCUCGUGUGCACUUCACGCUUCUGGUUCAACUAUCGCCAUCUGGCAAACGUUUUGUCCAUGUAUCGCACCGUCAAGCGCCUCGGCAUUCCCGACUCGCAAAUCAUCCUGAUGCUGCCCGACGACAUGGCAUGCAAUCCACGGAACGCCUUCCCCGGAACCGUUUAUUCCAAUGCCGAACGCGCCGUCGACUUGUACGGCGACAAUAUCGAAGUCGACUAUCGCGGGUAUGAGGUCACGGUAGAGAACUUCAUCAGGCUGUUGACAGAUAGGGUGGGCGACGAGAUGCCGCGGAGUAAGCGGCUCUUGACCGACGACCGCAGCAACAUCCUAGUCUACAUGACGGGCCACGGUGGCAACGAGUUUCUCAAGUUCCAGGACGCAGAAGAAAUAGGGGCUUUUGAUCUUGCCGACGCAUUUGAGCAAAUGUGGGAAAAGAAGAGAUACAACGAGAUACUUUUCAUGAUCGACACUUGUCAAGCCAACACGAUGCUUACCAAGCUCUACUCGCCGAACAUCAUUGCGACCGGAUCCUCCGAACUGGACCAAUCCUCGUACUCGCAUCACGCCGAUAACGAUGUUGGUGUUGCCGUCAUCGACCGCUACACAUAUUACAACCUCGAUUUUCUCGAGAAUGAAGUCAAGGACAUCAACAGCAAGAAGACUAUUGGCGACCUCUUCGACAGUUAUACUUUUGAAAAAAUACACUCUCAUGCCGGCAUGCGCUACGACCUCUUCCCGGGCGGAGCGGACGCAGCACGAGCAAAGCUGCUGACCGAUUUCUUUGGAAAUGUUCAAAAUGUAGAGGUUGAUGCGAACGUAACCACGGGGUUGGACGAGGACUUGAUUGCUCUGAGCAAGAAAAUUGCUGCGCUCAAAGCCAAGGCCGAAUCCGAGGAAUCUGCUGCCGCCUCGGAGAAUCGUGAGAGUUCGACCACUGCUGCGCCAAAAGACAACCAGUCUCUGCCCAAGAGGUCUCAGAUCACCAAGCCUCUGACUGAUGACAACUACUGGACCAAGAAGAUUAUCAGCGCCACUGCCAUUUCUGGGUGCGCCUUGCUCUGGGGCUUGAGCUCUUAUUUAUAG